CAGCUGUACGAACACUUGACCACGAUCCCUAUUUAAGCUUCCUCUCAUGGCGUGGACAAUCAUAGCACCCAGCAGGAACCAAGCCAGAUAGAAUCCUCUGCCUUGCCUUGGAGGCUCAACUCGACCAUGCCGUCGCCGAUCUUGCCGGCAAAGGAGGUGGAGGAGGUGGUCACCGCCAACGAAGAGGUGACAGACAUUAUCGUCCAGAGGGUGCCGUACUGGGACCCUCCGGCGGUCCGGGCGCUGGACACGAGCGAGCUGAGCACGUGGUCCCUGUACCGCGCCCUCAUCGGCGAGUUCACGGCCUCCCUCAUCCUCCUCUACGUCAGCAUCGCCACCGUCAUCGGAUACCGGAACCAGUCCUCCGCCGCCGACGAGCGGUGCACCGGCGUCGGCUACCUCGGCGUCGCCUGGUCCUUCGGCGCCACCGUCUCCGUCCUCGUCUACUCCACCAGCGGCGUCUCAGGUGGGCACAUAAACCCGGCAGUGACGUUCGCGCUGUUCAUCGCCGGGAAGGUGACGCUGGUGCGCUCGGUGCUGUACGUGGUGGCGCAGUGCCUCGGCGCCGUCGUCGGCGUGGGCAUCGUGAAGGGGAUCAUGAAGCACCCGUACGACGACUUCGGCGGCGGCGCCAACGCGGUGGCCGGGGGGUACUCCCUCGGCGCGGCCCUCGGCGCGGAGAUCUUCGGCACCUUCGUCCUCGCCUACACCGUCUUCUCCGCCACCGACCCCAAGCGCACCGCCCGCGACGCCUUCGUCCCCCUGGUGGCCGCGCUCCCGAUCGGGUUGUCGGUGUUCGUGGUGCACCUGGCGACCAUCCCGAUCACCGGCACGGGCAUCAACCCGGCGAGGAGCCUGGGCGCCGCCGUCCUGUACAACCAGCACAAGACCUGGAAGCAACACUGGAUCUUCUGGGUCGGGCCCUUCACCGGCGCCGCCAUAGCGGCGUUCUACCACAAGAUCGUGCUGCGCGACGAGGCUGUGGUGAAGGAGUCGCUAACGCAGCUGGGCUCGUUCAAGAGGAGCGGCUCGACCGCUUGAAGAUCGAGGAGAGGAGAGCAUGCAUAUAUUUUUCGUCGGUGUAAUGAGGGUCGAAAAGUUGUUGGGUUUUUUUUUUUUUUGACUUCUCUUGGCCCUGUAAUGUGCGGAAUCUUGCUAUAAGCGUGUGUUGAUGUGCGCCGUUCGUCAUGAAUCAUGAUGUUUAUCAA